CAUGGAUCUGAGAUCAUGCCCGUUCGACCACCUAUAAAAUCCUGGUCGUCGACACUACGAUUGCCUAAAUCCUCCUUCCCCCCACGACCCGCGCCGGCGGAUCAAGCCAAGUAUCUGAAGCGAUGCUCCGAUGACCUCUACGAAUGGCAGAGUCGCGAGCGGUCUGACCAGAAACCUUUCGUGCUGCAUGAUGGCCCACCGUAUGCGAAUGGGAGGUUGCAUAUCGGACAUGCGCUGAAUAAGAUCCUGAAGGAUAUCAUUUGCCGGGUCAAGGUGCAGGAAGGUCGAAGAGUAGUCUACGUACCAGGCUGGGACUGCCACGGCCUCCCCAUCGAGAUCAAAGCCCUCGAGCAGCAACGCUUGAAGUCCAAAGACCAAGAUGGCGACGCAGCACUAAACCUAGAUGCCAUUGGAGUCCGACGGGCCGCCCGAUCUCUCGCCGCGAAGACAUUCAAGGAGCAGAUGAAAGGUUUCCGAGAAUGGGGCGUUAUGGCAGAUUGGGACAAGGCGUGGAAGACAAUGGACAAGACCUUCGAGAUCAAGCAAUUGGGCGUGUUCCAGGAAAUGGUCAAGAAGGGCCUGAUCUUCAGGCGGUAUAAACCGGUUUAUUGGUCCCCUUCCUCGAGAACGGCGCUGGCGGAGGCAGAGCUGGAGUAUAAGGAGGACCAUGUGUCUACCGCGGCGUAUGUCAAGUUCCCUCUUGCCAGUGUGCCGGAGGCGUUGAAGAGUAAGAUACCGGAUGGUGGUAAAGGGAGGAGUGUUUCGGCGGUCAUCUGGACAACUACUCCUUGGACUCUGCCGGCGAAUAGGGCAAUUGCUGUGCAUUCUGAGUUGGAAUACUCGGUUGUCGCCAGCGGUACCUCAGACCUAUUCAUCAUUGCAAGUUCUCGCCUUUCACAAAUUGGGCCAAUGCUAUUUGGCGACGAACCUUUCGAAGUUUUCGUUGAAUCUAUACUAGGCAAAGAGCUCGAAGGCUCGAAAUAUAUCAAUGUUCUGCGAGGGAAAGAGUCGGAGCUCCAGCCUAUCAUCCAUGCGGACUUUGUAUCUGCUGAUUCUGGUUCUGGACUUGUCCACUGCGCACCUGGUCAUGGUAUGGAUGAUUACGAGGUCUGCACGAAGCUUGGAAUCGAAGCAGCAGCUCCAGUAGAUGAUCUUGGGUGCUUCACUGCUGCAGCCUUUCCAGAUGACCCACAAAGACUUCUGGGCAAAUCAGUCCUGGACGGCGGCAGUGGAGAUGUAUUGGAUGUUCUUGGUAGCGAUGUCAUUACAACCCAUAAGUAUAAGCACAAAUAUCCCUAUGACUGGAGGAGCAAGCUUCCAGUUAUUGUAAGGGCUACCGAGCAGUGGUUUGCCGAUGUUGGACGUGUCAAAGACGAUGCUUUACAGCGUCUAAAAGGAGUGCGUUUCAUCCCAGAAUCUGGCCGUCCCAGGCUCGAGAGCUUCGUCAAGGGUAGAAGCGAAUGGUGCAUUUCCAGACAGCGAGCUUGGGGUGUUCCUAUCCCGGCGUUGUAUUUUGAAGCUGGCGCUGCAGUCCUCACCGAUGAGAGCGUCGCCCACAUCAUAUCGGUUAUCAAUGAGAGAGGCAUUGAUGCUUGGUGGACUGAUGCUGCAGAUGAUCCCGCUUGGAUUGUCCCUGGGUUGGAGGGCAACUAUCGACGUGGUAAAGACACUAUGGAUGUUUGGUUCGACAGCGGUACUAGCUGGACUCAGACGGAGCAGCAAGCCGAUGUAUACCUUGAGGGUACUGAUCAACAUAGAGGCUGGUUCCAGUCAAGUCUUUUAACCCACACAAGUGCUUCUGGAAGACACGAUCCGCCGUUCAAGACUCUCAUCACCCAUGGCUUUACCCUAGAUGACAAGGGUAAGAAGAUGUCUAAGUCUAUUGGAAACACAAUUGCCCCAAGCGAGAUCAUCGAUGGCUCACUUCUUCCACCUGUCAAGACCAAGAAAAAAGCCGGCGGAAACAUUUCCCAGGCUCUUGGACCGGACGCUCUUCGCCUCUGGGCAGCCAGCAGCGACUACACCCACGACGUCGUUAUUGGCCAACCAGUUCUCCAAUCCAACCACAACGCCCUACUCAAAUACCGGAUGAUAAUCAAGAUGCUCCUAGGAUCUAUGCACCCCAGCGCAAGGACAUCACCAAUCACCAAACUAGACCAAAUCGCUCUGUCUCAACUCCAAACAGUCAUGACUGACGUAGCAUCCGCCUUCAACAAUUACGAGUUCUACAAAGGCAUAAACCUGAUCAACAAAUGGAUCAACAGCGACCUCUCCGCCUUCUACCUCGAAGCCAUGAAAGACCGCCUAUACUGCGGUGACGGCGGCGGCGUCCUAGAAGAGAUCUUCCACGGUCUCAUGCGAAUGUUGACACCUAUCACACCCCACCUCAUUGAAGAAGCAUGGGAUCACCGCCCAUCAUGGAUGAAAGAAGAGGCACAGAUUCACCCUUUCUACCGCACGCUCGAGGAUUCAAUUAUUCCCGCAAGCCGCCUACCAGACCCGGAGAUCCUCACCGAUUUAAAAUGGCUCUUGAGUGCCAAUGCGGCCAUCAAAGCUGCUCAGGAAGAGGCACGAGCGGGGAAGCAUAUUGGGUCGUCUCUCGAGUCCUCGGUUAUCCUUCACGUUCCCGCCAAAGCAAGGGAUGUCUUCCAGCGAUAUGCCGACGAGCUAGAGAGUAUCUUCGUCGUCUCAUCCGUUGAAGUUCAAACAGAACCAGAAGGGUCAGUAUUUACAGAAAGCCAAGCGACAGAUGCACCUUGGAAACACACCGCGCUGAGGUCCAAUGGCGAAGGCAAUGUCACAGCGACGGUGUUGCCGCCUAAGGAUCACAAGUGUCCUAGAUGCUGGCGGUAUGUUGCCCCUGUGGAGAACCAACUGUGUGCUCGUUGCGACGAGGUUGUGCCUGUAGAAUAGCAUUGUAUUAUAUGUAGGUUUGCAUGAGGUGGCGUUUUAGCAUGAGGCGGAAUACCCAAUCUCAACUUAUUGACUUAUCAAGCAUUGCUGCUUCUCUCUCCUCUGUUUAUAUUUCACUCACAGAAUUCAAUGCUCGAGAAUGGGCCACGGCCGAGGACCGAGGCUGCGUAUAUUAAGUGUGCUAAUUGUCUGUACGAAUGUUGUGGUGAACGUCAAUAUUGAGGUAGGCUAGGGACUUGGCAGGAUGACUCAGUAAUUGGACGAUUUUUCUCUUGAUGGUGAGAGAGUGCGAUGGAUGGGCUGUGGCUGUGGAUUGACUCGCAGUGUGACGACCAGGACGGACAGUGUUGAAUCGAUAAAUACAGAGGACAGCGAAGAUGCAGAGGUUCUGAUUACUUGUCUGUUUAAACCCAGGGUUACCGUUGCAUUUCCAUUCCUUUCUGGUCUCUACAAUUACUCCUAGUCGCUCCUGAGUUGACAGUGAGACAAGUCUCCAACGUUCCCGAAAGCAAUCGCUGUUGUUCUAUGAACCGUUAUGCUUUCUUGUGACUCUGUUCGAACGAGUGGCCUAAGUUCCUUCGCUCGGCUUGUUUUCGACCUACUGUUCUCUGUGGUAGGCAUCGACUGGCUGAAAGCUGGAUCCGAGUUGCCUU